GCCGCGAAGUGUCACCACAUCCUGCAAAGUGGGAUUAAUCACCACUCGAGAGUCGAGACGAGUGGAUCGGCUUGCCACUGCCACAUGGUGCCCUCGAAAAAUUUCCGUCAAAAAUAAAAAACGACAUGUAGCUCUUUUUGUUCACCCAUAUAAUUUGGCGAAGCCCGUGACGGCAAAAAGAGGAGGGACUGGAUUUUACAGUAGUAGACAACAUCAACUUCUUCUUCUUCCCCGGGUCGCCGCCGUACGUAAAGCACGACUCUCUCCUCAUAACUCGCCCCGCCGCCGUGACCUCUGCCGGGCUUUGUUUGACAGAGCGGAAAGCGGACUGUUUGUCAUUGGCUUCAGUGUCAGCACUCUGGUUGAAGUCUUUAACAUGGAAGUGUUCAGGACGGCCAUAUUGCAGCCCGGUCCACCUGAAAGGUUUGCCCUUCAGACAGUUCAACAAGUUAUACAACCUCAGAAACAAACAAAGUUAGUCCAAGAUGAGAAUCAAUUGCUAGAAAAUAUCCUUCGGACAUUGCUUCAGGAACUGGUGUCUUCUGCAGUACAGUCUGGUGAGCAGAUAAUGCAGUAUGGUCAAUCAAUUGAUGCUGGAGAAACUGCCCAAGGACAUAUUCCACGUCUUCUUGACGUUGUGUUGUAUCUUUGUGAGAAAGAGCACGUCGAAGGCGGCAUGAUCUUUCAGCUGUUGGAAGACUUAACAGAAAUGUCAACUAUGAGAAAUUGCAAAGACGUUUUCGGUUAUAUUGAGAGUAAACAAGAUAUAUUAGGAAAGCCUGAGCUUUUUGCUCGAGGAAAACUUGUGAUGUUGAGAACAUGCAAUCAACUUCUUCGUCGUCUGUCAAAGGCAAAUGACGUGGUAUUUUGUGGACGAAUUCUAAUGUUUUUGGCACACUUUUUCCCAUUAUCUGAGCGUUCAGCUGUUAAUAUAAAAGGAGUUUUUAACACAUCAAACGAGACAAAAUAUGAGAAAGACCCCCCUGAUGGAAUUUCCAUCGAUUUCAACUUUUACAAAACCUUUUGGAGUUUACAGGAAAGCUUCUGUAACCCUCCUUCCUUAACUCUUGGUCCUACCAAGUGGAAGAAAUUUACGUCUGGUUUAAUGGUUGUUUUGAAUACCUUUGAAGCUCAACCAUUAAGUGAUGAAGAGGGAGAUGCCAAUAACUUGGAGGAGGAAGCAACAAAUUUUAGCAUAAAAUAUCUUACAAGCAGUAAACUGAUGGGUUUGGAGUUGAAGGAUCCCAGUUUCCGACGUCACAUUCUUGUGCAGUGCCUCAUAUUGUUCGAUUAUCUGAAGGCCCCGGGAAAAAGUGAAAAAGAUUUACCUUCUGAAAGCAUGAAAGAGGAAAUAAAAUCUUGUGAGGAGCGUGUCAAAAAGCUGCUUGAGAUGACUCCGCCCAAAGGGAAGGAAUUUCUUAAUAAAAUUGAGCAUAUAUUGGAACGUGAAAGGAAUUGGGUAUGGUGGAAAUGUGACGGUUGUCCCCCAUUUGAGAAGCAGCCAAUGGAGAAAAAGGUGAUCCAAGAAGGAGCCAAAAAGCGUAGGCCGAGAUGGAGAAUGGGAAAUAAAGAACUAUCUCAGUUGUGGAAGUGGGCAGAUCAGAAUCCGAAUGCUUUAACUGAUCCUCAACGUGUUCGAACACCUUCCAUCACUGAGUACUGGAAGCCCUUGGUUGAAGAUAUGGAUCCAGCAGCUGGAAUAGAACCUGAGUAUCACCACAAAAAUAGCCGAGUUUAUUGCUGGAAAGGUCUUCGAUUUUCAGCUAGACAAGACUUGGAAGGAUUUUCUCGAUUUACUGAACAUGGUAUUGAAGGAGUUGUACCGCUGGAGCUUUUGACUCCUGAGGAGCGGUCUAAAUACCAAGCUAAACCAAAUGACAGGUCUAAACGUGCUAAAAAGGAAGAAUCAAAAGGUGCUGCACAUCGAUUAGAAGAAAAUCAGAAUGCUACACCUGCAAGUGAAUUAGAUGGUGAAGCCUCAGGGACGCCAAUGGACGCUGAUACCAUUGCUGCAGCCGGCAACAUGUCCCAAGGUGGAAGUCCAAUCCCCGAUGAACAUCAGAAGCAAAGCUCCGAUGCGGAUGUGGGUCAAGAGGGAGGUCAGUUGGAAGCAGAUGCUGAGGUCGAGGUUGGGGCAGGGAUGCUUGAUGGUGAGGAUGCGGAGGCUGAUUUGGAUCCAGUUGGUUAGCCCGUUCAAAGUUGGGAGUUUGCAUAUGUAAGAAUGAAUAUUUGAUUGAAAGUAGAUGAUGUGUUUGGAAAUCCUAGAUUGGCAACAAAAAUUCCGACUAAUUUUUGUUAUGAGAUUGUAUGAUCGCCGGCGAA